GGUGUCAUUCAAGGGAGAAGUUGACCUGAUCCUGCAAAGAGGACACGGCUCCACACACCCAAGGACAUCAGCCCAAAAGGGCUACUCAGAGGUCCUGCAACCGGCCGGUUCCUCCAUUGUCCACCAUGAUGGUCCUCCUUCCUGCCCUCCUUCUUAUCCUCACCUGUCUGUCAGGAUCCUUUGGCCAAGAAGAUCUCCAGAAGAAGGUCUUCGUUUUCCCAACGGCUACUAACAAGGCCUUCGUGAGUCUGAACUCCAGCCUCCAGCAUCCCUUGACCGACCUCACCGUCUGCUUGAGAUACAACUCUCCCCUUUUCGUUUCCUUUCCCCUCUUUUCUUAUGCCACCCGGUCCAAGGACAACGAUUUCCUGAUUUUUAAGCCCAACGAAAAGAAGUAUUCCGUUUAUCUAGGUGGACAUAGGGGUUUCACGGUCCCCGCAAGGCUGAUUCCAGCUUGGGAGCACAUCUGCGUCUCGUGGAACACCUGGAAUGGGCUGGUCCAUUUCUGGCACAAUGGAAAUCUUCUCCCCCGGGUGGGAAUGAAAAAGGGGUACAGGAUCAGCCACGAGGCGUCCAUCGUUCUGGGGCAGGAGCAGGAUACCUUCGGAGGGGGUUUUGAUGUCCGCCAAUGCUUUAUGGGUGAAUUGACACAGGUUAACAUGUGGCCCCGGGUGCUGACCACGGAUGAGAUCAGGUUGGUCAUGAAAGAGGAUACGGUUCCUAACCAUCUGAUCAACUGGAGAUCGCUUCGUUAUACCGUUCAGGAUUACGUGGUGGUUACAGACAGGAUGCCUUAGUUUUCUCCAAGAUGUAAGACCUGCGUUUGGAAAAAAAAUAAAAGAAAGAAAGAAAAGGAAAGAUCUUUGGGGGGGGGGGAAUCUGUAGUUCCGCAAUGUAUUGCAAAUAAUUGAAGUUGAUUGUUGAUUGAUUGAUAGGUAGAUGAUUCAACAUUAUUAGUGGGAGUUUUAAUCUCCUGGCAAUAAAAUAAGUGGUUUAUUCAUGAUA